CAAGUGCGUUCAAACUCACACGCCGUCCAUCAUGAUGGAUUAGACGUCGGGAGUGAUUUCUCUUGCGGCGCUCGGCGCUCGGUCGACUGGAACCGAGCCGCGCACGGUUACCGCCGGAUACCGAUAUCCAGUGUCGUUAACUCGCGAAGCGCGCCUGCAGAACUAUCGGCUCACAGCUCCCGUUCUAUCAUAUUUCACGAGACGUACUCUAUGUUCCGCUAUUGUCGCCAUUUGCGGUUUUAUAAACGGGUUCACCUUUUUUACGAAUUCGCUGACUGAAAUAUUAUUCACAAGUGAACCGGCAUAUCUAAAUAACGUCAAGUUCAUUAGCGCCCUUAUACGUCGUAACAAUCGUCCGUCAAACAUAAAUUAUUCCUCGCGCGUCUCAUAUGCAUCCGGCGAUGUUCGCUUUCCAAGUGUUUGUUACGAAGCGAUUGUUUCCUCGCAAGCAGUCGGUCGAAUCGCCCGCCGCAGAUUGGUAGCUCGGGCCGCGCGUUAUCAUUAUUUCAAGUAAUAAAAGUCGAUGAUCGAGCUAAUUAUCACUAUUAGGUUGAUAAGGUUGUUUGUGAAACUCACGGAAUGUCGAAUUGCGUUAGUAGUGCGAUAGUCGUCGGUGCGAUGGUCGAUCGGAGGUGAUGCUCCGUGCGAACGAGUGUAAAAGUGCUUUAUUAGUAUGUGGGGUGCUGCAGUGUCCAAUCCUCCGCAUUACCAUUAUGUGCAAGGACCAAAUGGUGCGGGACCACAACGUGGACCGGCCGGGCCUGUAUUGUCGGGGCCCGGCGUGAAACAUUUGCGGCCCCAGUCCUCGUACUCGCUGCCACACGGCGCCAAUGGGCCCACACGCUGGAGUUGGUCGGGAAGCAAUGCUUCCUCUUUCGAUCGGAGGCAAGCGAAGGUGCCGCCGCAGCCGGCGCGCCCCGCUCCCUCGCGCCCCUCACACGUUAGAAAUAAUUCUACAUAUAAGGUCGACCCUGAGCUGAUCUUCACGAAACAAGAGAAGAUCGGCAAGGGUUCCUUCGGCGAGGUGUUCAAAGGCGUCGACAAUAGGACACAACAAGUUGUCGCUAUCAAGAUCAUCGACCUCGAAGAAGCUGAAGAUGAAAUCGAGGAUAUACAGCAGGAGAUCAUGGUGCUGUCACAAUGUGACAGUCCAUACGUCACAAAAUAUUAUGGAUCAUACUUAAAGGGAACAAAGCUAUGGAUAAUAAUGGAAUAUUUGGGCGGUGGGUCGGCGCUGGACCUGAUGAAGGCGGGCAGCUUCGAAGAGAUGCACAUCGCGGUGAUCCUGCGCGAGGUGCUACGCGGUCUCGACUACCUACACUCGGAGCGGAAGCUGCAUCGUGACAUCAAGGCCGCCAAUGUACUCCUCAGCGAGAUGGGAGACGUCAAGCUCGCUGACUUUGGUGUGGCAGGUCAGCUGACGAACACGACGAGUAAGCGUAACACGUUUGUUGGCACGCCUUUCUGGAUGGCGCCCGAGGUGAUCAAGCAGUCAUGCUACGACAGUAAGGCGGACAUCUGGUCGCUGGGCAUCACCGCCAUCGAGCUCGCCAAAGGGGAGCCCCCCAACUCGGAGUUGCACCCCAUGCGCGUCCUCUUCCUUAUACCCAAGAACAAUCCCCCACAACUCACGGGCUCCUACUCGAAGCCCUUCAAAGAGUUUGUUGAAGCAUGUUUGAACAAGGACCCCGAAAAUAGGCCGACGGCAAAGGAAUUACUAAAGUUCCAGUUUAUCAGGAAAGCGAAGAAGAACUCCUACCUCAUGGACCUCAUCGACAGGUACAAGAAGUGGAAAGCACAGCGUAGUGAAGAGAGCGAGACGGAGUCGGAAAAUUCAGACUCUGAGGAGUGCAGUAGAGGCGACAGUGAGGCGGACGAGCCGUGGAUAAUGACGGUGCGGGGCGGUGCCGGCGCGCGCUCGCUGCUGCCCGCCGCCGAGCGACGAGAUGCGCGCGAACGCGAACGCGAGCGCGAACGCGACCGUGAUCGCGACCGCGACACAGACCGCGACAGAGAACGCAACCGCGAACGAGACCACGACCGGGAGCGAGACCGCGACAGGCGCGACGACACAGACCACAAGCCCGCACUCAACAACAACGCGCCUGACAAACAGACGGUACAUUCACAAAAUAAACUAAGUCACGACAAGAGCCGACAAUCACCCAUAGUACAGACGUCCAUAGAACAAAGAAAUAUAAAGGAUAGAGAAAGAGAUAGGGGAGAUAGAGAAGAUAGGAAAGAGAGGCAAGAACACACAGCGUCCAAUCGAGACGGCAUAGUUAAUAAUAAAGCCGCUUCCCCUCUGGACCACAGAGGAGUGAACAGCGAGGAGAACAAGGUGCGGCGGCACGCCUAUCUGCAGCAGCUCAUAUACCCGUUGCUUAAUGAGCUGAGCCGCAAGCACGGGCCGAGCAGCGCGGCGGCCGUGGAGGAGGUGCGUCGAGCCUUCGAGCUGGCUGAGCGCAGCGCGCCUCAUCUCACUAGAGCCUUCGUGCAACAGGUGGUGCAGAGGGUGGCGACACAAUCACACCAGCCCUCCACACCCUCACACAACACUUCGCAGCACUGGAUGUCGUAGGGACACAUAAAAUAGCCGGCAGCAAUCCAUAGCCGCCCCCUGGCCUCGGCCCCGCGCUCCUAGCCCCGGCCCCCCGGCCUCAAGCCCCGGCCCCCCGGACUCAAGCCCCGGCCCCCUGGCCCCAGGCCCCGGCCCCGCGCCGCCGCUCGGACUGACAGAUACUAAUACAAAUUAGGCUUAAAGAAAACCCUUAGCAUAGCAACACCAACUAUAUGUAAUGUCUUACAUGGCUUUAAAUUAGAUGUAGACGAACGCCCAAUUAUAUGUUUCCUUAAUAUCAAAUCUAGUUCCAAAUGUGUGAACUGAGGCCUUCAAACUGCCUUAUGUUAUAUUGCGUUAAAUAGACCAACAAACAGUUUAUUAACCUCUAUAUAUGUGUAUAUUUAAAUCUUUGCACUGUCCAAUGUCUGAUCACAUUUUUUUACCUCUAACGAAGUUAACAGUGAGAUUCCACUGUUGAAAUAUAUGAGUAGAAUAAUAUCGACAUCCUUUUCAUUCUAUUAAUAAAGAAAAGAGAUAAAAAUAUUUUUGGUCAUAUCUUGACGGUUGAAAUAUUAUCAGAAAUCAUUUUGCGUUCGUUUCAAAUUUAUUAAAUUCUUGUAUCAUAUAUUUUUAUACAUGAGUUGUAAUUUAUGUACAGUCGAACCGAGAUAAUCGAGUUUCCAAAAGAUCACAAUAUUUUUUUUUCGUUUAUAAAAGUUUCUAACCUGAAUUUAUGGAGUCAGUUCUUCGAGGGAUUGGUAAAUGACUUGCUUCUAAGGUUUCUCGAUUAUCCUGGUUUGACUAUAUGACAAUAUCAUAAUUACUCUCUCUUAGUUGAUCAGAGAUAUUUUGUAGAUGUAUGAGAACAGUGGAAACCGCAUAGUGUUGCGAGAUGUGUUGUAUGUUUGUGUAUAAGUCUGAGCGCGGCGGAGUCACAACUUGCAAUGCCAUAGUGUAAUGUAAACAUAAAGUAAACAAUACUUAAGUUGGUUAUGUCUUUUAAUAUUUUAUAUUUAUGUAAAUAUAUCACUAUUUGUUUUGUCUAUUGAAAAUAAUGUCAACAUUUGGUGCAUGUAUUAUUCAAUAAGUCUAGUUCAGAUAUUGAAAACAUUUUCAAUGUACUACGCGUGCACAAUAACAUGACAUGUGCGAUGACGUCAUCUGUCUUGUCUACACAAUUGUUAUUAUUGUAGAUGUAUAGUAUGUUAAAAUAAAUUUAAUAUAUGUUUUAACUUUGUUAACAAAUUAAAUAUUAAUCACAAGGGAAAUUGAAUAAUACAUGUACUAAUGUUUUAGACCCUGACCAUAGACUUAGUCUUUGGGUCACUUCUAACGUUUUUGUCCUGUUUAGUUUUAUUGUGGACUUGUUCUGUUCAUUGUUUGUACUGUGAGUUUCCAUUGACGGUACAAAGAAGCUAGA